CAAGGUAAUGAUAUCUUACUUUUUUACUAUAACUCUAGACAACUAACUAGUGAAAGUCAGCAACUGAAAGAAGAAUUUCAAAAGGAAUCAAAGAUGAAUUCAAGGCUGUCUAUGGAGAAGGAGGAGCUCCAGUGGAAGUUGAAGCAAACUAUGGAAGCAAGUGUUUUACUUUCAACAAUGACUGAUUCAUCUUCAAACGUCCUAGAUAAACUUCUACAAGAUGACUCUUUGUUGAGAUCUCCAGUCAGGAUGUCUGUCUACUUAAAUGAACACGACACUAGUCUAUCCUAUGGAGAAAGAAAUUUGUGUCCUAGGCCACUUAGCACUGGCAGAUUAACUCCGAAUUCUUCAUCUUCUGGUGAAAAAUGUCAUUCUUCAAUUUCUAGACGGUCUCUUUCAAAACCUAAAGUAAAAAGGUCUAGGCAAUUAGAAUCUAACUCUGAAACACCAAAUCUAUCACAUUCAAGUAAUUUACCAACUCGAAAAGAAAAAGAACGUGGCUAUGCAUCUCACACUGAUAACAAUGGAGUGAACAGUAACUUUCUAACUUAUGAUUCAAAAUCCCACACUAUGGAUUCGUAUGAAUUACCUGUGGAUAAUGGAGUUUCAGAAAAUAUUCACUUAUUAACCAAUACUGCUAACUUUAAAGAAUGUGAGUUUGAAGAUGAUCAUUCAAACCAAGAUAUGGGUCUUAAUCAUCGCAAUUUGUCAUCACCAUCUCAGAAGACAUUGGAUGACGUUCCAGAUCAAGAUGUAGUGAUAAAACAGUCUGAUAAUGAAGACGAAGUACUAACAGACAGUCAGGGGUCAUUCUUACAAGAAAGUACUCAAACAGAGAAUCUUCGUCCAGAGAGUAUGACAUCAUCAAGUUGUUCUUGGUCAUCUGCAACAGACAUUGGUCAAGUUAAAGAAAUAUGGAUGGCUUUUUCAUCUACAGAUUUAGCAUUCAAUGAAGAGUCUAGUGAUAGUAAUGAAAGCAACCAGUACAAAACUUCAGAUUUGGAACAUAUCCAAAGACGAGUAGGCUGUCAAACUGGAAAGUGCUCACCUCGUUAUUUUGCUGGUGAAGCUAUGAGCCAAGUAAAGAGUAUUGGUAGUGUUUGUCCCAAAACGUCAGGUGUUAAAAACCUGCCUGGAAACUUGGAGCAUACCAUUGAUGCUCCAAAUAAGUGACUCUGGGAACCUUACAGCCUCAUUUAGAAUGAAUGAAAAUUAUACUGAAGUUAGGUGAAUUAAAAAAUCAGAAUUGGGUUUGGUUUCAGCAGUUUGCCACUUUCCCAACAAUGCGUAAAUUGUUUUUCCAUUAAGUUUUGUUCAUUUUGUUGCAGAUGUACAAAUAUUUCAGUUCGAUAUUUUGUAACUGCGAUGAAUAUUCACAGUUAAACGAUACAUAAAUCAGUUCCAUUGACAAGAAAGUCACAGUAAGGUGGCUGUUCUUUGUAUUUUAAUGUAGAGCUAUUAAUUUGUCACAAAUGGGUAUAUAAUGUUAGAGUUCAAUUACAAAUUACGAAUUACUUGUCAUAUCAUCUACUGCAGAAAAUAUCAUUGUUGUUGAAAAUGUUAAAAAGAGAUAAUAUUUAUUCGAAACUAUUCAAAGCUUAUUUAUUUUUAUUGAAAUGCCUACAAAACUUCACAAACUUGUCUAUUCAGCUAAAUGUUUUGAAUUCCAUGACGAACAAAAAUGAAUCAUGAGCAAAAACAAAGUUGUCAGCUGGACUGCUAGCUGGAAAGAUGUGUAUGUUGUUUAGUUGUGUACAUGUUUUGAACGAGAUAAGUAAGCCGGGUUCCAGGCUGGAAAGAUGUGUAUGUUGUUUAGUUGUGUACAUGUUUUGAACGAAAUAAAUAAGCCGGGUUCCAGGCUGGAAAGAUGUGUAUGUUGUUUAGUUGUGUACAUGUUUUGAACGAGAUAAAUAAGCCGGGUUCCAGGCUGGAAAGAUGUGUAUGUUGUUUAGUUGUGUACAUGUUUUGAACGAGAUAAGUAAGCCGGGUUCCAGGCUGGAAAGAUGUGUGUGUUGUUCAGUUGUGUACAUGUUUUGAACGAGAUAAGUAAGCCGGGCUCAUAGCUGGAAAGAUGUGUAUGUUGUUUAGUUGUGUACAUGUUUUGAACGAGAUAAGUAAUAAGUUCCAUUGAAUUUUGAAAUUUAUUAUAAUCUGAUGCUUAUUUUAUAAGUCGAUACAAAUCUUUAUCUUACUUUUAUUAAACUUGUGUAGGCAUGACAUCUGGUGCUUAACGGUUAGAAUGUAGCUACCAUUGAUUUAUUACACCACAUUCCAUGAAGUUUCAAGUUUAGUGUAGAUUGUAGAGUAUAUAAAACACGUUAUCAGUAUAUGUAUAUAUAUAUAAAUAUAUAUAUGUAUACUAGAAUACAAAAACACGUUAUUUCUAAGCUAAUAUUGUACAUGUUAUGUGACAUUUUCAAUAUUUCAACUAAUGUUGAAUAGUGUUAUUAUGAUUAUGGGCACAGUGUAUGAGUUUCUUAUUUAAACCUUAUUACUAGCAGGUCUCGGUACUACCACGCCCUCUCGGAACAAUUCAGUAAAAGGGCAGUUUUUCAAGACUGUAAAAUUAUAAUUUUGGUUUUGUUAUUUAAUUUUACAGUCUCAAUACGUUAACAGAAAGCGUUAUGUUUAACUCACUGGAUAAAAAACAAGAUUGUAACUAUAUAUAUCUAUAUAUAUCAGCUAUUUUGGAGCCAGUUAAAUAAAUAUUUGAUUAUGAUUUUAAAACUCGGCCAAUUGUUCUAUACGUUUUUAACUAAAAUGAAAACUUACAAUGUUUAAUGAUUUAUAGAGAACGUGUUAAAUGUGCAUUUAAGCACAUAUUGUACACAGAGUGAAAGGUUGAUUGUCAUUUACUAUAUUUUUUCAGUUUCUUCUACUGUGUACGAACCUCUGAGCCAAAUGAAAUAAUGCACUGUGCUGUUAUGAAACAAUAAAUGUUUAGUUGAAACACUUG